GGAUAAUUUUGGCUUGGUAUAAGGUGCUUGUGUUUUGGAGCGGAAUAUCUACUCAUCUUUAGUAACUUGACUCCCUGGGACACUCAUGUUUAGGCCAGUGCCCCAUCAAACUUUCAUGAAGAAGGAGAACCCUACAUCCAAACUCGCUCUCACUAAACGCCUCUACACCAGCUGCCGGAGGAGCCAUGGAGGAGAUUUUAAAGUGUCCCGUUUGCCAAGAUUUAUUUACUGACCCGGUAUCACUGGACUGCAGGCAUAACUUUUGCCUCAGCUGUAUCAACACUGUUUGGGACAAUGAAGGUUCAGAGGCAGGACCGUAUUUUUGUCCUGAAUGCCAGAUCCUACUUCCUUCAAAACCUAAUUUGGAAAUCAACGCAUAUCUUCAAGACAAAGUUAAGGAUUUAGCAAAUUCAGAGGAAAGGACGACCAAUUCUCCAGCUAUCUACUGUGACCACUGUAUUGAGUCUCCUUCAGUAGCGGUCAGGACUUGUCUAACGUGUGAUGCAUCUCUGUGCCAGGCUCACUCCCUCCUCCAUGAGCAGAGAUCGGCCCUAAAGCAGCACACGUUGGUGGAGGUGACGCGGGACCCCCUGUCUCUGAAAUGUCAGGAACACAGGGACGAGCUGAAGCUGUUCUGUUCACAGGAUAGAGUCCCAGUCUGCUGCCUGUGUGUGCUGGUGGGAAAGCACAAGAAUCAUAAGGCACCGCAGCUACAUGAAGCGUGUGAUGAUUUCAAGACUAUGCUGGAGAGUUCAAUGCAUCAGCUUUUGAAGAGGAAAAAUGAUGCGGAAAAUACAAUCAAAGAGUUGGAGUCUCUCUACAGACAAACAGUGAAGUGCGCUGCAGACCUGCGGGAGCGUAUAUCAGACAAGUACAGCCGUCUGCAUGUGGUCCUGGACGGGGACGAGCGUUUAAUGAAGCAGAUUGUGGAUGCAGAGGAGGCCUGUGUGACCGAGUGGCUGGACGCUCAGAGGGAGACGAUGGAGCAGGAGAUACAAGACAUCGACCAACUCAGAGCUUCAACCAAAACACUACUGCACGAGGACAACCACCUCAGGUUCCUCCAGCAAAUAACAGCUCAAAGUCUUUGUGACCCCCUGGAUCUCCCUCCUCUGCAGACAGUGGACCAGUCCCUGUGUGAGCCUGAGAAACUGAGGACAGUGGAGCGAAUGGUGGACGACCUCUCUAUGUCACUGUCCCAAUACUUUCCAAGAACGUGGUCAUAUCUAAGUUCCCCAGCUUUGGACUUUAAAACCGCCCAUCCCAAAUUGGAGAUAUCCCAGGACAAAAGGCAAGUUUGUUGGCGUGAACAACCACCGAUUGUUAUUACAAAUAGUAGUAGGCCGUAUGAUUCUCAGUAUAGCGUUUUAGCUGAAGAAAGUUUCACAAAGGGACGGCAUUAUUGGGAAGUGAUUGUACAAGAUAAACCUUAUUGGCUAAUUGGAGCCACAACUGAGCCCACUCCAAAAAAUAAUGGAUUCACAAGCAAUUCUAAUAUUGGUUUGGACAAGUCAUCCUGGUGCAUCUAUCACGCUGAUGGUCAAUAUUUGGCCUGCCACGACACAGAAGAGAAGCCCCUAUCUGUGGAAAACAGGGUGAAAAAAUUGGGCAUUUUCGCAGAUCUCCACAAGGGGGAGCUCUUGUUCUACGACGCAAACGCAAUGUCCUUGAUUCACUCGUUUACAGUGCAGUGCAAAGAGCCCAUGUAUCCCAUGUUUAACCCGUGCAUAGACGUGAAUGGGCUCAACAAGCAGCCCCUGACACUGUUCUGGAUCAAAGAGCCGUGGGACUGUAAAGCGCGGGGAGAGACCCGCCGCUGGGACCCAGGGCCCAUGUGCUGCCAGAGCCUGUCGCAGCCAGGACCCACUCACUGCCAGGGCCGGGGCUGUCGCUCGCUGCUCUGUCCGUCUCUGCCUGCUUAUGUCUCGAUGUAA